AUCGGGAUUUUGUCCGCACCACCAUCACUCCAGGGGGGCCGGAAUUUUGCCCGCGCUACCAUCACUCGAGGUUGACGGAAUUUCGCCCGCGCCACUCGAGGUCGACGUAAUUUUGGUCGCGCCACUGGCGCUCGAGGUUGACGAACUUUGCCCGCGCUACCAAAGCACUCGACGUUGGCGCCUUGCGGAACUUGUCGCCGCAUCCUUCUCCUCUGGAAGUCCUCGCCUUCCGCCUUGGCCUUGCCGGUCAUCACGAUUGAAGAGAGGUGGCACAGAGAGGGAAGAUUUAGCUAACUAUAUAAGGCAGGCGCGGUUCUCCAACUUGCAGGCAAUCGUUGGCAUUGUCUUCGCCAACGAAAUCCUUGCGUUCUUGGCAACGGGCGAGCCGGUAUUCCAGAUGGCUGAUGCGGGCGCUUCUUCUGGCAGUGGACAUGGCGACGCGAUGAUGGUGCUUCCCCCGAGAUGCCCCCACUUCGUCACGGGCAAUUACGUACAGCGAAACGUGUUCCUGGGCGACAAAGAGUACGGGAUGGCAUUGGAUUGCUUAGUCAAGGCCUGCACGGACGUUCUGCUCAUAGAUGAAGACUCCGACAGAGCGCGCAUCCUGCUGGCCAAACGUAUAGUAGAGCCGCAGCCGGAUUGGUGGACCUCCCCGAACAUGCUGUUAACAGCGCCUUUCAAGAACUACAGCUCGGAGGGCAGCACAGCUCGGAGGGCAAGAGUUGGUGGACGGAUGAGACCAGGCGAGACUCCUGAGGAAUCCCUUGCUAGGCUGAUAUCUCGGGAACUCGGGCUGGAGAUAGAAUCGAGGCGCCCUCGGCUUUUGGGUGUACACUCUCUUGCAUGGGAGAAGAGAGCUCAGGCGCCAGCAGAGAACGGGACUUGCGAUUUGUCACUGGUCUACACCCUCGUGCUUCAGGAAGACGAGUGUUCGAAGAUUUGUUUGGAUCAGAAAGAAUACAGCGACUCCAGAUGGUUUCGAUUGGAGGAGAUAAGCGAAGGGGAGUUCCAUCCAGCUCUUCAAUUGAUGGUGAGCAGCAGUGGAGUACCUGAUGGUGUGAGUCAGUGGGGAAAGAUAGAGGAUAAGAGUGUUAGUCAUCGUAACGCGAAGGGCGACGAUGAGUGCGCUGUGGACGCUCGGAGGCGACCGUCUGCGGCUGAGGAACGGCCUAAGAGGGAGCGGGCUUGUCCUCAGCAAUCUCCUCAGCCGGAGGAGGAGGAAGAGGGUCAGUCGGCUGAGUAGAAGCAGAUGUCUCAGCACGACAAGCACGAUCAUAUGCUUGCACCAACAU